CGCCCCAUAUUAACCAUCGCGACGGACCAGAGUCUUCUUCCACAACAACCGUUGGUAAUAGAAAAGGCCAACAUUUCCACACCCAUUUUCUUCAGCAACACGUAUGCGACUCUCUCUGUAUUUCCCGCAGAGAAGAACUUUCCGUAGCCGUCCGAUCUGUCGUCUUCGCCGGAAAAAGGGAAGCCAUGAUGCCGAGGGCGAAGACCAUCAACAUCAAUGCAAGCGCCCAGAAAGUCGACGUGGACAAUCGGAUCCCCCUUCAAUUCUACUACCGGAUUGCCGAGAAUCUUCUCAAACAGGACAAUGGAACAGUGAUGUGAAAUACAACAGCAUGCUAGAUAAAGUAGACCUGAUCAAUGUGAUGUGGCCUCCAAGAUAUGGGUGCCGACUUUUCCAGCAGAAUGGUUUUCCUUCGAUCCCACUCACCAUCUCAUCCCAGAGAUGUUUUGCCGGCUUACCUAUAUAUAAGGGAGGCUGAGAUAGGUUUCUGGCAAACUACCAUGCCUACGACAAGUCCCGAGCAAGACAAAGCACCUUCUCACCCAAUCGCACCCCCCAUCGUCUCACUUUUGUCCUGAAACCACCUGAAAGCACCUGAGCACCUUAUGAAGAUUAUCGACUUGAGCAUGGUCUGCCAAGGAGUGUAUCAUUGGCAAAAUUAAGGCUAGUAUAUAUCGGGAGGAGAAGAAUCUCAUAGACCUGUAUAUUAUCCUUCUCAGAUUUUCGAGUUUGAUGUCCGAGACUAUACCACUCCAUCGAGAUUACCAGGUUUUGCUUCCAAAGGAAAAAAUCUGUUUCAGGAAGAAACUGGUGGCCGCUAUAGAAGAGUUAGAGUCUCUGAAGCCGGAUGUCCAAUGUCGAGUUAAUGAACUGAACAAAGGUCAUGUGGCUGAGCUUGAUGAGCGGGAAAGGAUUUCAUACAAUUCAGCUGCUGCUUUAGAGUGGCCACCUGUUAAUAAGCAAAUCCCUUCAAACCCUGAAAUUAAGCAGCCAGAUCCCUGUUCUAUCAACAAACCCAAUCAAUUUUUAUCCGCAAAUCCAGUGCUGAUUGACAAGCAGUUUCGGAAGCUAUCUCUCAAUGUACCUCAUCCAAAGGAGGAGACGUUGACCAGGCAUUCUAUUUUUGGCCCAAUGGGACUCUGGGGUCAGUGGCCGGGACCUGUUACUGGUAUAAGGGUCAAUUAUCCUAGCAAUGCUGACUUAACUUCAACUGGAAUUUCAGGCCAGAAUCAGGCUGGACAAUAUGGUCUUGUGGAAGUAAAAGACGAUGAUUCAGGAAGGGAUAGGUCUACCACUGAAUCUCCUCUCUCUCUGGAUGCAUUGUUGCUUCCUACUAAGAAGUCCUGUCCUCUGCCUAAUGAUGCUAAAUGGGAAGAUACUGUACUGUUGAACAAUAUCCAUCAGCCUUCGCCUCCUCCAGUGCUUGCUUAUGUACAGAAUGACUUACUUCCAAUUUCUCCAUCUAAAGUUGCUGAUCCAAGACCUGGGCCUUCAAGACCUUCAUUGGAUGGGAUUCAAGAUUCUAAUGCUUAUCAGCAUUUAUACAUUCCACCAAAGAUGAUGGAGGAUUUCUUGAGGAUGGCACAGACAAACACCGCAAAAAAUCUAGAAACGUGUGGAGUUCUUGCGGGUUCACUUAAAAACAGAAAGUUCUUUGUUACAACGCUAAUAAUACCAAAGCAGGAGUCGACUUCAGAUACAUGCCAGACAAUGAAUGAAGAAGAGAUAUUUGAUAUUCAAGACAAACUCUCACUUUUUCCUCUUGGUUGGAUUCAUACGCACCCAUCACAGUCUUGCUUCAUGUCCUCAAUUGAUCUUCACACUCAUUACUCAUAUCAGGUCAUGUUGCCAGAAGCAAUAGCAAUUGUUAUGGCACCCACGGACACAUCCAGGACCCAUGGCAUAUUCCAUCUCUCUGACCCGGCUGGCGUCACCUUGAUACGUAAUUGUCAACAGCGCGGUUUUCAUCCUCACGAACAACCUGAGGAUGGCAGCCCGAUCUAUGAACACUGUUCUCAUGUGUACAUGCACCCCAAUUUGAACUUUGAUGUAGUCGAUCUUCGGUAAUAUGCGGUCUCGGCAAAUUUUUUAGCGGCUAGAAACCUUGUAAUGAUGUUAAAAACUGCAGGAUUCCUACUAAAAGCUUGUUGGAGUUUAUUGUGUAGAAAAAACCUGAGCUUUGGUUUUUGGUUUUGAGCCACUGUGAAACAUGAGCUUGCAGGCUGGACCGUUGACACUC